ACGGGCUGCUCGGCCUUCGGACCACAGCGAUGCUUCGCAGGCAGCCAGCCGGCCCCAGGGCAGCUAUGGGGGUACCACAAGCCGCAGCGCCACCAUCCAGACCCCGGCCAUGAGCCGCACAAUGAUCCUGCUUCUGCUCCUGCUGCGCGGCCUCACCGCCGGCCACCCCCCGCCCGCUGCCACCCCCCGCCUCAAGCUGACCUUUCCCGAGCUGCGGGCUCGCCAUGGGCUGCGCCUCUUCUCGCUUGAGCGCUCAUGCUGCUAUGAGGCCCUGCUGCUGGAUGAGGAGCGUGGCCGCCUCUUCGCCGGUGCCCAAAACCACCUCCUCUCCCUGGCCCUGGAUGACAUCAACCAGCGGAAUAGGAAGAUCUACUGGCCGGCUCCAGUGGAGUGGAGGGAAGAAUGCAACUGGGCUGGCAAGGACAUCACCACUGAGUGCAUGAACUUUGUGAAGAUCCUGCAUCCCUACAACCGGACCCACCUGUACGCCUGCGGCACCGGCGCCUUCCACCCCGUCUGUGCCUUUGUGGAGGCUGGCCAGCAUGCAGAAGAGCCCAUCUUCAAGUUAGACCCACGCCACACUGAGGAUGGCAAGGGGAAGAGCCCGUACGACCCCCGGCACACAGCCGCCUCCGUCCUCGUGGGCGAGGAGCUCUACUCUGGGGUGGCCACCGAUCUGAUGGGCCGUGACUUUACCAUCUUCCGCAGCCUGGGCCGGCGUCCCUCCAUCCGCACAGAGCAGCAUGAUUCCCGCUGGCUCAACGAGCCCAAGUUCGUGGCCGUUUUUUGGGUGCCAGAGAGUGAAGACCCCGACGAUGACAAGAUCUACUUCUUCUUCCGUGAGACAGCGGUUGAGCGGCAGCAGGGGCUGGGCAAGACCAGCUUUGCCCGUAUCGGCCAGAUCUGCCGGAAUGACAUGGGUGGGCAGCGCAGCUUGGUGAACAAGUGGACAACCUUCCUGAAGGCUCGGCUUGUCUGUGCCGUGCCAGGACCCGAUGGGGCAGACACUCACUUCAAUGAGCUCCGGGACGUUUUCCUGCUGCAGACAAGGGACAAGCGGAACCCCCUUGUCUACGCCAUCUUCUCCACAUCCAGCUCUGUUUUCCAGGGCUCGGCUGUCUGUGUCUACACCAUGGCCGACAUCCGCCGGGCUUUCCUGGGCCCCUUUGCACACAAGGAAGGUCCCAACUACCAGUGGGUGUCGUACCAGGGGCGUGUGCCAUACCCCCGCCCAGGCAUGUGCCCCAGCAAAACCUUUGGCACCUUCGGCUCCACCAAGGACUUCCCAGAUGAGGUGAUCCAGUUUGCUCGGCAUCACCCACUGAUGUACAACCCUGUGUUGCCCCACGGCCAGCGCCCCCUCUUCCUGCAAGCUGCAGUGCCCUACACCUUCACCCGCAUCGCCGUGGACCGUGUCACCGCUGCUGAUGGCCACUACGAUGUCCUCUUCAUUGGCACAGAUGUGGGCACGGUGCUGAAGGUGGUCUCAGUGCCCAAGGAGAGCUGGCACCACAUGGAGCCACUGCUGCUGGAGGAGCUGCAGGUCUUCCAGGAUGCCUCCCCCAUCACCAGCUUGCAGCUCUCCUCCAAGCGGCAUCAGCUCUACGCUGGCUCCACCACAGCACUGGCCCAGCUGCCCCUGCACCGCUGCGGUGCCUAUGGCAAAGCCUGUGCCGAGUGCUGCCUGGCCCGGGACCCAUAUUGCGCCUGGGACGGCACCACCUGCACCCGCUAUGUGCCCAAUACGAAGAGGCGCUUCCGCCGGCAGGACGUCCGCAACGGUGACCCCAACGUGCUCUGCUCUGAAGACCCCCGGCGGGGCAGUGUGCCCCAGAAGCAGCUCUACGGGGUGGAGGGCAGCACCGCUUUCCUGGAGUGCGUCCCCAAAUCCCUGCAAGCCCGCGUCCUCUGGACAUACCAGCGCACCCUGGAUGACCCCCAGCGAGAGGUGCAGAUGGACGAGCGGGUGGUGCGGAUGGAGCGGGGUGUGCUGCUGCGCAGCGUGCAGCGCGCCGACGCCGGCCUCUACCUCUGCCACGCCACCGAGCACGGCUUCACCCAGCCCCUGCUGCGGCUCUCGCUGGAGGUGAUCAGUGCCUGGCAGGCUGCGGGCAUGGCACCUGCUGGAGACCCCCAGCUCACCGCCGGGGCUCCCGGCCGCAAGGUCUGGUACCAGGACUUCCUCCAGCUGGUGGAGCGCCCACCACUGGGAGCCACAGACAAGGUCUGCCAGAGGCUCCGGAGCCGGGGAAGACCCCCACCUCCGCCCCGCACCCACGCCGGACCCCCUGGCCGUGGGCAGGGUGAGGAGCCACGCAAAGCCCGCCGCCGGCGCACCCAUGAGGGGCCGCGGGCUGAGCGUGGCCCCCGCAGCGCAUCCCCCUGGUGA